AUGACUGCUACGACUGCGCUAACGGCGCAGAACACCUUGGGCGUGCAAGAUGUUCAUCACACGCCACCGCCAUUUUUACAAAAGCAGAUUGAUGCCUGCAUUGGUGAUAUCGGCGUUGAUGUGGUCAAGACUGGUGAUACUGAAUUCGCUAAUCCUAAAGAAUACCAGGUCAUGGUAUCGACAAGCGGGUCUGCUCUGCUCCCCAAAGAAGCGAUCUCCACGCUCAUUAGCUCACUGCUUCCGUUAUCAACACUGCUUACGCCGAACCUUCCCGAAGCGGAGCUACUUCUCAAAACCGCUGGCAAGAGGUUUAAGUCGCCAGAGAAUGUAGACGACAUUAUCAACAUCGCUAAAGCCAUCAAAGAGCUGGGACCUAAAAAUGUCUUAGUCAAAGGCGGACAUUUACCCAUGACGAAGGACAGACUCGUGUCGAAAGAUGAAGCGGAGAAAAACAUUGUACUGAAUGUGUUGGUCGGCAACGGGAUUGAUGUGACUGUUGACGAGACAGCGUAUCUGAAGAGCCGCAAUACACAUGGGACCGGGUGUUCGCUUGCUUGUAAGUUGUGA